ACUUUGUCAAACUCAUCAAUCAAAUUUAUUCAUUCAUGUUUUGUUUGUUUUCGUCUUGUCGCAAGCUGCUAUCAUUGCAAAAUUUACGUAAAUUAUGUCCUUCCCCCUUUGAUUGUUUUGAAAACUAUUUCUGACGAUAGCAGCUAUUUAUUUACGUCUAUCAAUACUCAUCAACAAAAAUGGAAUUAAAAUUGAGUUUGUUCGGCAUACUACUCCUUGCGUAUCAAAUUCUUUGUUAUAAACCUGUCGUUUUGAUACAUGGCAUCAUGACGGGAAGUGGAAGUAUGGAAAUGAUAUCACACAGGAUUCAAGAGAAACAUCCUGGCACGAUAGUGUACAACGUGAAUCGGUUCGAAAGCUGGUCCAGUUUGGAAACGAUGUGGCAUCAAGUGCUUGAGAUUGGUCUAGACGUGGCCAACAUUUCGUCCAGACACCCUGAAGGGAUUAAUCUUAUUGGGUAUUCCCAGGGUGGCUUGAUAGCGCGAGGCAUAGUACAAACAUUUUCAAAUGUGUCUGUUGACACAUUUAUAUCGUUGAGCUCACCACAAGCUGGGCAAUAUGGAGCUGGAUUCCUCCACCUAGUGUUCCCUGGCCUAGUCAAAGACACGGUAUGGGAGCUGUUCUAUUCCCGGGUGGGUCAGCACACGUCUGUAGGCAACUAUUGGAACGAUCCCUACCAUCAGGAGCUGUACGAGACCUAUAGUGUGUUCCUGCCGUAUAUUAACAAUCAUAUCAAGUCUGCAAAAACAGAUGAUUUCAAGAACAAUCUCCUAAGACUGAAGAGGUUGGUCCUCAUCGGAGGUCCCGAUGAUAACGUCAUCACUCCGUGGCAAAGCAGCCAAUUCGGCUACUACGACGCGAACGAAACUGUGAUAGAGAUGCGAGGGCAAGACAUUUACAAGGAAGACCGUAUAGGGCUUCGGGCACUGGACGCUAGCGGUCGUCUCCAUAUUGUGACGACACCUGGCGUUAACCACUUCAGCUGGCACAUGAACGUCACCGUCGUCGAUGACUGCCUACUGCCUUACCUAGACUGAGAAGGAAAUAAAGUAGGUAAAAAUAAAAUAUAAUAGGAAAUAUUUUAACUAUACGGGCUUUUGCAA